AUGGUCCCUCACACACACUGUACUAAGGAGCCCACUGCCCUUACAGAAAAAUUGAAGGAGCAGAAUUGUGCUAGAAAGCUUUUGACUGGGGCAUCUGGAGACCAAGAGAUAAAAGAGACAGAAUCUAGCUCAAAUGAAAGUGAUAUAAGAAUUCGUGAAAACCUGUGCAUCCACCCAACAUCCAAAGUAAAGUACAAAAAAAACAGAACAGUUGGCUGUGGAAGAUUCAUUAAAGAAGCAGAUGAACAUUUGAAAGCUGAAAGUAGUGAGACAGUGUGUCAUGAUACACCAGCUCUCUCAAGUGUAGCAACAUCUAACAUUGUAUCUGAAAACACCUGUCAAGGAAAAGAGAGUCCAGUGACAAUAAAAGUACUAACACUAAACAAUAAUGGUGGUAGAGUCAGUAGUAUAGGUGAUGAUGAAAACAGCUGUGGAGGUAGUGGCACAGGUGGUGAUGGAGGUGGUGAUGGAAAUGAUUCAGGGAGCAAUAGUAACAGUCCUGUGAGAAAUGUUCUUCUGAAGUCGGUGCAGUACAGUGAUGGCAUCAAUGAUCAUGACUCAGAGUAUCGUGACUCAAUGUGGAAUAUGGCCUUCCUAACACCAGAACGAAGGGAGAGGGAUGAGAUACUCCGCCUCAAACCAAGCUCACCAGACUCCUCAACCAUCAGAAGAAACCUUUCGAGACAGCAGUUAUAUCCAGCAAUUGUAACACAGCCUGGAAGUAUGGCUUGGACAGAUGUAAUACUAUUCCUGAGUACGCUUUCUCUAAACAGAGCAAUCAAAGUUGGGAUCAAGCGUCCACUCCUCGUCCGAGCCCCUGAUCAAAGCUUCAAGCAUGCUGAUCUUGUGACCUUGCUUGGUGCACUUCAUGCCCUUUAUGUACCUCUUGAGAUUCGAGAAGAUGUCCCAGAGAAAAUCACAAAGGUUCAGACUCUUGGAUUUCUUGGGCCUGACAAGAUUGUUCAGCUGGCCCUAGCCCUGGAGAGUGGCAGGUCUGUUGCUCGUGAUGUUGGAGGUUCUGACCCAGAGCGUAUGGCUCCCCCACGUGUAGAAGAGUAUGUGCGGAAAGUAUUUGAGGGUACAAAAGUGAAAGUUGAUGUAGUCUCUGAUGAUGCUAAACUUGUCAAGGAGUAUCCUCUGUUUUCUGCUGUCAACAGGUGUGCCAAAGGUGUGCCACGUCACCAGGGUCGCAUAAUCUACCUGACUUACGAAGGUGCUGGACCAAUUGAACAGACCCUAAUGUUGGUGGGCAAGGGUGUGACUUAUGACACUGGUGGAGCCGACAUCAAGGCUGGUGGUGUAAUGGCUGGCAUGCACAGAGAUAAGUGUGGGUCAGCAGCUGUGGCUGGUUUCAUGCAGAUUCUUGCUAAACUGCAGCCUUCCAAUAUUAAGGUUAUUGGCUCUAUGGCGAUGGUGCGCAACAGUGUGGGAUCAGAAUGCUAUGUUGCUGAUGAAAUUAUUACUUCUCGUGCUGGGGUGAGAGUUCGAGUUGGAAACACAGAUGCAGAAGGACGUAUGGCCAUGGCAGAUGUCUUAUGCCAUAUGAAGGAAAUGGCAGUCAAUGAGGUAAAUCCCUAUCUCAUGACGAUUGCAACACUGACGGGUCACUGUGUCCUUGCAUAUGGUGAAGCAUAUACAGCCAUAAUUGAUAAUGGCUCAGCAAGACUGGCUGGUAUGUCUCAGAAGUUGCAGGUUUCUGGGGAAGAGGUUGCUGACCCAUUUGAGAUUUCUUCUAUGAGGAGAGAAGACUUUGAUUUCCAUUGUGGCAAGAGUGAAUACGAGGACGUCUUACAGUGUAACAAUGCCCCUUCUUCACGCACUCCCCGUGGCCACCAGACUCCCUCAGCCUUCCUUGUUAUGUCUUCAGGAUUGGAUAAGCAUGGGAAGGAAAGCAACAAGCCCCUCAAAUACUCGCACCUGGAUAUUGCAGGCUCGUCAGGACCUUUCCCCGGGAUUCCAACUGGGGCCCCCAUUCUUGCUAUGGCUUAUGCUUUUAUUCCUAGUGCCUUUUAAUUUUUCAGGUACUUAGGCAUAGGAGUUAACGUAUUGAAAUAUCACUGGAUAAACUCCCUCUUAUUCAUUAUUGAAAGACUAAGCAGUGACUUAAAAUUGGUGAGACCAUGCAGCUCAAUUUGAUGAUGUAAUAGAUAUUUGAAAGAUGAUGGAAAAUGUGAGAAUGGGAGUAUAAUAAAUUUUUGAUAAAUAAUUUGUCCUUAAGAGUAAAUAUUGCUGUGAUAUCUUGGACCUCUACCCCAGAAAAUGUGACUUGAAUGCUUUAUGUAAACUAUCAAUGCCAGUACUUUGAUCCCAGAGAAAUGUUAUAGCUUAAUAUGUAGCACCUCAGAGUUGUAAUUUAAUUUAAUUUUAUAUGGAUUUCUAACAGUUUAAAUUAAAUGAUGCAUAAUUAAAGAUAUUUUUAGAAUGCUCCUUCUGUAACUUGAUAUUUAUAUUAGGGAAAAAAUGCUAACUUUGUCCAUGGUAUGCCUGAUCACUGUCUUGUAAAAGACUGAUGAAUCUAAAUAAAUAU